UGUGUCCCGCGUGCCAGUGGAGGAGCUGGAGGCGCGUGAAGCGGUUAGGAAUGAGGAGCGCCUCUCAGAGCUGCGAACCAUCAGUGCGUCGUUCCUAAAGGAAGGGGACAGACUGAGAUCAGCAGCCACAAUGCAAGCUUACGCUAUGACCUCGUCAACUGUCCAAAGGAGCGAUCUACCUAGUCCACAGCAGACUCCCUGCAGCAGACAGCCCGGCCCUACAUCACAGAGUGGAUAUUACAGUGUACAACAAAGGACAUUAAACCAAUGGAAUGCUUCCCAAUUUGUCGGAUUAAACAACGGACACUCUUUCAGCUCCUCUGCCCAGCCUCAUUCAAGUUCAGCUCAUUUGCAGUCAAGUCCUGUCAGCAGGAAUGAUCUGCCUGGUCCACAACAGACUCUCAGUAGCGAGGGGCCUGGCCCUACAUCACAGACUACAUGUUACAGUGUGCAACAAAAUACAUUAAUCCAGUGGAAUAAUAAUACUCAGUCUCUUGGCUUAAGCAAUGGACAGUCUUCCCAGCCCAAUUCAGGCUUGCAGUCAAGCCAAACUCCUAAGUUUCAGUUCGCUAGCCCUUGGAGUCAGUUGCUUUAUAGAACUUCAGCUUCUUUCAAAGGUCCUUGUCCAAAUGUUACUGUGCAGUUUCAACAGUCACCACCUGCUCAUCUCAAAGUCCCUACUGUAAGCUAUCAUUCCCAGUCAUCACAUACAAAUACCACUAUUCAGGGCUAUAAGAAUAUGCCCCCCAUUCAGAAUGUUAGUUGCACAUCUAAUGCUGUUUGGUUUCCUCCUGUUUCUAGCAGCGGAAGCUCUGUAUUAGAGAAUAACCAGGCGCAUGGUUCUGUUCCACCAAGGUAUCACCCUUCAAGUGGGCAGUAUAACAGAAUGCAAAUCAUGCACCAACCUGCAGCUCAGCCCCAACAAACGUCUCCAAAUGUUCAGGUCAGUCAGGCAGCUCAGAGAAUUCAGGUUAACCAAGGUCAAAUAAGAGCGGUAAGAAAUGGUGCGUCGUACGGCUCUGUUGCACAGUCCUCUGCUGCAGCACAACCGCCCGUGGUGCCGUCUCUGCCCCCAUCCUACAGAGGCCAUCAUACCAUAAUUAGUCAGGGCCAGUCACAGCACAACGUAAAUCAGGUUCAGAAUUCAUCAUACAGAACACAGAACGUCAGUCAGAGCCAGGUAAACCAAGGUCAAAGCGGUCUGACGAGUUUUGUAAUUCAGAGCCAGUCAGAACAGGCAAUAAAUCAAAGCUCAUCAGUUAGCCAGCCUCAGCCGCAGGUUUUUGGAGACAUUCUUGAAGAGGCGCGAAAGAUGCAAGCACUGCAGCGCAGCACCACUGUACCCAUUUCUGGCCAUCAUAGCACAACAAGCCUUCCUUCAUUUCAAGCCCAUCAGCGCAGCACAGAGCCACAAGGUCUUCAGUCAGACAGCACAAUGGCUACGUUGACUAGGACCUCCCAGGACACAACAUCUCACAUUUCUCCUGCUAAUCAAGCCCGACUUCCCACCCGUUCUGGACCUAAUAGAUAUUCUAAAGAAACUCUGUUGAGCUUACUGCUACAGCGGGAUGAUGGACAAGUUCAAAGUAAAGGCAACAGUCCUCUGUCCUGCUCCAAUAGCAGCUUUAGAGCUCAAGUUGUUGAGAGUAGAGGUGGACACCAGCAGACAACAAGUCCUACCACCACCAGUGUGGCAGACUGCCCUCGGACACAAGCAUCUCUCUCACAGAAUAGCGUUCCUUCAAACCCAAGCAAAAGAGUAAUCCAGAGGGUUGGACCAGCACCCCCCAAAGGUGUUGAAAGAGCAGUAGAGGGGACUAAGUCCAGCAGAUUACAGACUGAGAGCAGUGAUAAGAGACACAGAGAGGUGGAGCACUGUACAGAUCCAGCUGACUGUCUGGAGCUAGUAAUGGCACUGCAGAAAGCAGUUCGGCAAUUCCACAGAGCAGUCGCGAUAGUUCCACCCAUUUCUCAGCAGGCUGAUCCUGGGGAGAAGGAGGAUGGCCCCCCAAGUGCUGAUGACAGCCUGCCACUCAAGAUUAAUGCUGUCUGGAGUCUUGAUAAGGACGAUGAAAGCUUGGAGAAGGAGAAGACGGCACCAAGUCUGCCUGAAGAGAUCAGCAAAGAGCCGCUUGAGUUGUCUUCUGUAACACUACCUCAGACGCAGGAGGCGAUCAAGCCUGGAAACGGAUCUACGGUCAACAUCUCCAUCUGUACUCCAUCUGAAACUCAAAGAUUUGACCUUCCCCAGGCUGAUAAUGGACCUACAUCAAAGUCCCCAAGCUCUAACACUUCUCAAGCACCUAUCUGCUAUAUUGACUUAACAGAAAGUCCAGUACAACAAAAUGAUGACCUAAAUGAGUCUCAUUCAGAUUGUGCUGCAUUUGAUUUGUCCACAGUUCCAGUAACUGCUUUUACGCUGGGGAAACUACAACACUUAGUGAAGUCCUUAGAGGCCUCAUCUGCAGAGAAAGAAAAGGAGACAGCCACGGACCUUAUAAAGUCUAUCCUUGCUCUCUACUGGGAUGGAGAUGUGAGAAACAUACUAAAAGAUAGACAGGAAGCGCACUGGUUAAAUACUAUAGCUGAAGUGUGCAUAACAGAAGAGCAGGCAGUGGUAUUACAGUCCCUUGAACCUGAAAACUUAAAAAGGUUGACAUGUCAUUAUCACGUUCUGGAGAAUGAAAUCACAUUUUCAGAUCAGUUCAGGUCAUCAUGGCUGAAUGUUGAUGGAAAUCCAGCUGAUAUAGACAAAGUUCUUGCAGAACCUGUUUCAGAAUAUGACUUCACAUGGUGCAAGGAUGCUUCACAGUCAGUGCUUGAUAACACUAUGAAUCCUAAAGAUGUUCUGGUCCGGACUGGUAGAAAGGACGAUGAAGCCCAAGUUUUGUCCACCCUAAAGGAAUCAUCUGAGACUACGUCAAGGAACAUUGCUGUGAAUCCUGCACACGCUCUUGUCAAGGUUGGUGGAAAUGAUUCUGAGGACCUGGUUCCGUCCACUCAAAAGGGAUUACCGGAGACUACAGCAGAUAAUGCUGCUAAAGAGAAUGUUAUUUCAGACUGCGGUCUCUCAGAGCCUGAACGUGUAGCAGCUGAUUUCCAAAAUAAUGCAGUCAUGCUUAAAGAGCCAGUGAACUUAUCAUUAAAGAACCAAACACACAUCCAGCUACACCGUAAACCAAAUUCUCAGUUGCAAGAUGUAAAUACGAAUCCUGCAGAGUUCAUGCAUUCAGCUGGGAAACCAUGUGGACUGAGUGAAAAUGAGAAAGCAGAAUACCGAAAAGACCUCAGAGGCACUAGAACAGAUGCGUUCUCCACACCUCUGAGCCCAAAGUCAAAUCCAAACGAUAUCAUUGAGCAAAAAAACAGAAUAGAUGAUGAGCAAACGUGUGCCGAAUUGCCUGUCCCAACUUCACAUCUAAACGAUUCAGAUCAACAUGUGGAAAAUGAUGGCAGCACUUGUGAGAGAGAAGAUAUUUCCAAUGUAAGCUCCCCCGACGACUCCCUAUUGAUGGACAUCAUAGUUCUCUCUUCUGACGAUGCUACGACAAUCUUCAAGUGCGACAAGCAGAAAGAGGCCCCUCGGGAUGAUUCAAAGUUGUUUGCCACACUUCCUCUCACUCAGCCAAACAACCUAAAUGGAGGGGCAGGGACUCCACCCAGUCAUGUCAAAUUUACCUGCCCUCAUGUGACAGACAUAAUGUCUGAUGGUGACCAUUUCUGCUCCAAGUGUUGGGACGAGACACCUUUGCUUGAUAUAGACCUGGAAGAAGCUCUGUUGAGCCCAGAGGAGGGUGGACCUAAUGUCACGAGCAGCCCUAUGAGACCAGUUGAAACACAGUUGAAACAACUUGAAGAACUAACUGAGCCACCAUGUUCAGACAAUGCCAGGAUAACUGAGUCAGUCCUACUCGCCCCAGAGGUUGAUGACUCUGAAACCACGAGAGCCCCUGCCAAACCAGGUGUUGAGAGACAAAGCCCUAGUCCACAGUCUGGCAACCUACCAUUUCGAGAAUUAUUUGGGCCUGCAGGCUCAGUGAGUUCCAAGCCAGUUCUAGAGGAUAUCUGUGAAGUUGAGAGUUCAGCCAGAGCUGAGUUGCCCAUGGCCAUCGCACACCCAGAAAAGAUGAAGUCAUCCCAAACCACAACUUUAGCAAAAAGACUUUCUUCAUCAAAGUAUCUGUCAUGCAAAAAGCGGAAACUCUCCAAAGCUCUGGCAGCGGCUGCAGACAAUAAUCUGUUCAGCCCUGGUGUGAUAAAUGCUGGUGCCCAUAAACAGCAGUCAGGUGUUCAAAGCUUUACCUCUAGCAGUGACGGCCAAAUUUCUGGAGAUGCAAGGAAUAAAGUCAGGGGAGAAGAAGAAAAACGCACUCCGAUCAAGAUCAGAAUUCAAACCAAUAAACAUUCCACUUGGACUGAAAUGGACGGAAAGGCACCUUUUAAGCUUCAAGUAUCAAAGGCUGUUGAGCCUCAUCAGCCUAAGAACGUAAUACCUCAGAAGCCAGAGGGACCAGGAUGUUCUCCACCGUCAGGUUCUGCUGCAAGUCAACAGUCGAAGCAUGGCCUAUCGAAACAAGCUGGACAAAAGAAAAGCGUAAAGAAGGUGAACUUUUUGUUGUAUGGGUCCCAGAAUAGUGAUAGAGAUUUUCUUCACGAAUGCCAUGACAGAGGAAAGUCUUCCUCAGCUCCUGUUUACAUCUCCGUUUCUGCUGCUACUCGUGCUGGCAUGAGCUACACGGAUGUGCCUUCAGCAAAGCAAAAGGUCUACAGCCAGUGGAGCAGCUCGUUCGUGCAAAAACAGAAUACUCUCUCACGUAGGAAAUACCAGAAGAAGUUUGAGCGUGAGCUCAAGAACAGAAUAGAAAUACAGAAACAAAUAAUGAGAGAGAGAGCCACGUACAAAGCUGGGAGGGGAAAGCAGCUGACAAAGGGCCUGAAGCAUAAAGGGGACAAAGAUAAAGCACAAGAACCCAAAAAGUUGAAGACCACCAUUAUUGAGGAUUAUUUUGGUUGAAUGUAGAUUUGCAACAGUAUUUUCUUGGUAAACUUGGUACAUUGAUCACCGUGUGAGACAGUAAGGUCAUACCAUUUAUCAGAAUUAAACUGAGAUGCUUUUGACAGUUGUAGUUGUUGACCAAUGAAGUCCCUCUAAAUACUCUAAUUGGAGAUAUAUCCUUUCAUUAGUUUUCGGGGCUGAUAUCAGCUGCUCCCACACUCUGUACUCUCGGAAGCUUCAGUGCCUGAAGUGGCUAAAAGGAAGACACCAGAAUGUACAGGAUCGUGUUCUCUUUCCAGUUGCUGUAGUGUUUUUACUGUACUUUAGGUGGUUGUUGUUUUUAAGUGUGUAUAUAUUUGUACCGUGCUUUGUUGAAUAGCAUUAAAUACAUGUCUCUUUUUUUUUUUAAAGUUUACCUUUUUUGCUGCUUUGUUGUUGAUGAGGUGCUCUAGAUUUGUAUAUUUUUUACAAUACAGUUUUACAUUUUUACAGAAACUGUUGUACUGUGUUACUUGACAAUUUUCUGCAAGACUGG